AUGUAUUUUCCAUGGUUGCGCUUCAUCGCCCUCCUACCCUCCGCCGUGUCGAUCUGCCCUGAGGUGUGUACAGCAGCUGGAGGUACAUCUUGGCCAUGCAGAUACUAUAAUGGCGGACAGUGCACUGUGGAUGUGAACCCCAGUGCCACCCGAGCAGCGGCGCAAGACAUCAACAUUGCAGUCAUUAGCCCCUACACCGGUUUCAUCGGGGACCUGAUGACGAUGGCCGAACCUCUCCUUGCCCUUGCAGCACAGGAGAUUGAGGACAGCAACUAUCUUCCAGGCUACCGGGUGAACUUGCAUCUUACCGACUCUGCCUGCGACGAGGCACAAUCGACAGAGGCCAUCAUCGAAGCAUUCACCGUCGGGCCCACGAAGCACGCGAUUCUGGGGGACAUCUGCAGUCAGUGUUGCGCAGCGGUCAAUGAUGCUGCGCGCCUCUUCAAGGUGCUCAUGGUCUCGCCGGGAUGCGACUCACCCGACCUCAGCGACCGGGCGCGAUACCCGUAUUUCACUCGCAUGACGCCCUCCGAUCGUUUCAAAGUCACGGCCAUCUACGAGGUGUUCAAGAUGUUUGGUUGGCGCCGAGUCGGAGUGCUGGAUGGGCUGUUCUAUACGGCUGGGGCCAAGGCCUUCUUCCUCGAGCUUAUUCAGCGGGACUUGGAUGCUGGCACCUACGACUGGACGGUUUUGCUCGAUCGUACCGUAAACACUCUGGCGGAUGCCGAGAGUGCAGCGGAUGAGGUCAAAGUUCGAGACUCGCGUAUCAACAUGAUGGUUCUUCCGGAGUUCAUUGGCAUGUGGAUGAUGUGCCAAUAUUACUUGCGAGACAUGCUGCCGCCGGACUGCUGGGCUUGCACCGAAAGCAUUAAAAGUAACAGUUGCCGAUCUUUUUUACUUGCGUACCUGGUGGGUCGGCUCAUUCGGAGUAUGCCCCCCUCCCCAUUUUUGUUUUUGACCUCUGGGUCUGCUGUGUCACUUUCAAGUUCUAACCCAGAGCACCGGUCAGAGCCCUUUCAACCAAAGCUUGUCCCCAAGGGUCCAACGUACCUAUAUAGUAGAAUGUAG